UGAAACCCUAAGCUCUUGGAUAAACCAUAAACCCUUGGAUAAAUUAUAAACUCUUAAUCAAAAACACUAAACACUAAAACCCUAAACCUUAAAUCUUAAAUUAUAAACUCUAAACCCUUGAGUGUUUUAGUGUUUAGUGUUUUUAAUUUAGAGUUUAGGAUUUAUCCAAGAGUUUAGAGUCCAUCCAAGGAUUUAGGUUUUAGGAUUUAGAGUUUAAGGAGUAGGAUUUAGUUUUUUCCUUAAAAAAUUUUGUAAUUACUACUAUUUUUUUAUUUUUAUCUUUUUAUUUUAAAAACAUAAUAUAACUUGACAAUAUUUUUUUUAUAUAAAUUUAAAUAAAAUUAAUAUUGUGUAAAUACAAAGAAAAAGGUCCAAAAAAAAGUUAAGUUCUCUUCAAUUUAUUCUUCUCCAAAUAAGAAAAGGGAAAGAUUUUUGUUUAUUUCCUUUUUUUUUUUUUUUUGGUCACGAAAGGGAAAGAGUGUCCCUAUAAAAGCAUAAACUGUAAUCACCAUUCUCUUAACAGAAAGAAAGAGGACAAUGACGAUGUCGCAACUUCUUCCAGAUAAAUUGGUAGAGGAAGAGAUACUAUGUCGAGUUCCGGCCACAUCUCUAAAACGUUUACGAGCUACCUGCAAACUAUGGAACGGUUUAUUCAACAAUAGGAGAUUUGCAAAAAAUCACUUUGAUAAAUCCGCAAAGCAAUUUCUGUUUCUCAUGUUAACGAAAGAGUAUAGGAUUCGCUCGUUGAGCGUGGAGCUUAAAGGUGAGCUUGGCCUACUAGAUCCGCUUCAUUCAGUUCAAUUCAAGAUAACUCAUGUCUUUCACUGUGAUGGCCUGUUGUUAUGCACCUAUGAAGGGUACCAUAGACUUGUGGUUUGGAACCCAUGUACCGGUCAAACCAAGUGGCUCAACCAUCCUGUAAGUCGUUACAAGGGUUACAUAACUAACACUCCUGGAGGUAACAUAACUUACACUCUUGGAUGCUACGAAGACAAGAAGUCUCACAAUAGUAGCUACAAAAUAUUGAGACUCGUGGAAUGGGAGAAGAACCAGAGAUUCGAAAUCUAUGAGAUAAAAUCUGAUUCAUGGAGGAUUCUUGACGUCAAUCCAGACUGCAUAUUAAUGUAUAAUCAUUCCAGCGUGUCUUUGAAGGGAAAGACCUACUGGUUUGCUUUGGAUGAAAAAGAGUUAGAUCCCGUCGUACUCUUAGUCAGUUUUGAUUAUACAACAGAGAGAUUUGCACGCGUGUGCCUUCCUAAUCCGUAUGGCAUUUAUAGAAUAAUGUCUCUAUCGGUUGUCAGAGAAGAGAAGCUUUCGGUUUUAUUACGACGCAGGGAUGCAUUAGAGUCAGAGAUAGAGAUAUGGGUAAGCAAUCCGAUUGAUGAGCACAAGGUGGUUUCGUGGAGCAAGAUAUUAGUAGGGGAUGAGCCUAGGCUUGGCCUUUGCCGCGGAACAAGUUUCUUGGUGGACGAGGAGAAGAAAAUUGCCUUGUGUUGUGAUAGGGGGAUAUGUAACCAAGACACGACCAAGGACUACUUCUUCCUAUACAUUAUUGGGGAGGAUAACGAACUCACACAAGUGGAUUUCGGAGCAUCUUCUACAUGGCAGUUACAUUCGCCACUUUUGUUCAAUUACGUUCCAAGUUUGGCUCAAAUCCAGUGAUCUGGAAGGCAAGAGAAAACAGAGGUGACUGAAAAAGCUACAUAUAUAUAUUAAUUAAUUUGAUCUUUUUGUUUUUUUUUUUUGAACUCUGAGACUUCAUUGCAUUGACAAAGAAAAAAAAAACUGAGUAUCCAAAGAAACAAACCCAUGAGAAACUGGGCAGAGAUAAGGAAGUAAAUAACAGACUCAAUCCCUCGUCUUUGCUUUUUUUUUUGGGUCAAUAUAAAAAAAUUCAAGUCAUGCUAUGUAGUAAAGAUAUACACAUAAAAAAGACGGGAUAGUUAAUGUUGAUCUCCCUUUUCUAGCAUAUUCGAUAAUGGUUCAAUUUUUCAAAGCAUCUAUCAUUUCAGACAACUUGGGGAGUCAGUGAUCACAGAAAGCUUCUCCUUCUUAAAGGUAAAGCGGCAAUAGCACUCAUUAUCGAUUUGGUCACUCCAGUAUCCUUACCAGUGAGUGCAUCGAGAUGUUGUGGUCAUAAGAACACAUAACGUGUAAAUGCUUAAGAGUUAAGUCUAUUUAAAUCAAACUCUAACCUGAAUGUAUUCCUGUUGGAUGCGUUCAAACCUAAGUUCAAGAAAAUUCAGUGUACAAAUUGCAUGAGACACGCUAAGAACAUACAAACUGUCCUUUCCAAGGCCACAUGUAGUUUAUCACUUCCAAGGCCACACCUUAGAUGACUUAAUUACUGAAACUAUCAGUGACUAAGAAGAACAUUUGUGUGUUUCUUGAAGUUUCAUGGUUAGAUAAUAGGGACUUGAGAUAACUAAACACACACGCCAAAACCGAGUUUUAUACUAUAAUGGUUUGGACUAAAAUCCAAAUAUAAGAUAUAUGUGCCUGUUAUACAGGUUGGCUGAAUAUUACUCGACCACACCUAAACCCGAUUGGUAUGAUAAUUAUAGGGAUAUCUCGGUCAGCAAAGGGCUAUUGUAUGAUAUCUAUCUUCGAGACUAUGAAAGCAUAUUCCCUAGAUGAUGGUUUAACAGAAGAAGCUCUGGUCACCAAGCUACGCACCCGUCGCUGUCAUCAUCUUUUCUGACACGCAUCAUAGAGACACAAUUCAUCAGGUUUUGUACAAUUAUCUACAAUUCAACAUUUUAUGCAAUUCCAGAUAAGUUAAAUGUUAGGCGUGUAGUCCAUGGUGUAGCAAUCAGAGAAUCAAAGGACUAUUAUAAAAAAUAAUAUUUAUAAAGUUGUGUCAGAUUACUUAACUUCUGAGCUUGAUUGUCUUUUAUGAUAAAAUUCUUGUAAACUUCACUGUGCAGGAAGAUACCUAACUUGUUCCGUGAUCUUCACCACUAAACAGUAAACACAGACGCACAAAAUCAAGUUUUAUAUUAUAAUGGUUUGUGCUAAACCAGAGUCACAUGUUCAUAUAUACGUAGUCCUGUUACAAAGGUUGACCCGACCCAAACCUAAACCCCAUUGGUUAUUCAAACGGUUACGUAAGAUAUAAGAAACAAAUCUACUUAUUUAUUUAUUUCGGUCUAGACUAACCAAAAUUAAAAGUGUGCCAAAAUCAUUAGUGAGAAAACAAAUAAAGACAUUAAAAUAUGGGACGUGGCCGAGAUAGGUACAAGCAAAACUCCCUAAGGGUACAAUCAAUCAAAACAUAGAUUUUACUCCCUGUGAAAGAACCAAAGAAUGAAUGAACCAAACCAAAGAAGGAAAAAGCUACAGAAUUUACAAGAGACAAGUCAACAAAGGAAUAUACCGAGAUAUCAAUGGAGUGUACAAAAGGCAAUUAUAUAGUUCUAUAAUAGGUAACAACAAAGCAACAAUAUGUAUCUCUUUGUACAAAGAGAGCCUCCACAAUCAAAUUCUACUACCAAUCCUCUCAUCCUCAAUAGAAGAUAAAGGCAUCUAGACAAACAACUCUUUGGCAAAGAGGUUAGGUAACAACAAAGCAAGAAUAUGUAUAAGUCUUUGUACAUAUAGGUGGAUUCUUCUAGACUCACAUCUUCUUUAGAACAUAAUCGCAUGUCUUGACAACCUUUCUGGCCGAGUCAUGAGUCUCUAACUCGUUUCUCCUGCUCAAUAUCUCAGAAAUGAGUUCCCUGCACUGCUCAGCAUUCAAAACAGAGAUCCUUCUCACAACCGAUUGCAAGACAUAAUUCCCAAAGCGCUGAUACAACAAAGAGAGGAGGCCAGUGGUUGAGAGCUCAAAGAUGAUGAAGAGGACAUUCCUCUUGCUGCCAAGGUGCAGACACUUUUGGAUAACAAAGCUAGCAUAUGGAUGAUGUGACAAGCUGGUAAUGUUGUUUGCCAUUGUAUUGACAAGAAAGUCGGAAGCUCCAUUGUGAAGAAUGAUCAGACUUUGCAAAGCAUUGUUCCUAAACAAAUGAAAAAUGUAGAACUUGAGAUAAUGAAAAGGAAGUGAA